GAGAAGAGCAGCCAACAAUCAAUGGCGAACACAAUCGACGAGAAGCCAUGGCGAGUUCUUGAGUUCUACAGUGGAAUCGGUGGGAUGAGAUACUCUUUAAUGGCGUCAGGCGUCGUCGCAGAAGUUGUAGAAGCGUUUGAGAUCAAUGAUGUUGCCAAUGAUGUUUAUCAGCAUAAUUUCGGACAUCGUCCCCAUCAGGGGAAUAUUCAGAGCCUCACUGCUGCUGAUUUAGAUAGGUAUAAGGCAGAUGCUUGGCUUCUUUCUCCUCCUUGUCAACCUUAUACCCGACAAGGCCUUCAGAAACACUCUGGUGAUGCUCGGGCAUAUUCUUUUCUCAAGAUUCUCGAGCUUAUACCGCAUACUUCUAAGCCUCCACAAAUGUUAUUUGUAGAGAAUGUUGUUGGAUUUGAGACUUCGGAUACCCAUACGGAAAUGAUUGAUACAUUAACAAAAUUAGAUUAUGUCACUCAAGAAUUUAUUCUGAGUCCGUUGCAGUUUGGUGUGCCGUAUUCAAGACCACGUUACUUUUGUCUGGCCAAAAGAAAGCCUGUGUCAUUUCAGUCCCAACACAAUAAUAACAAGCUACUGUGGUCUCCAGGCCCGUUAUAUGGGCGUGAUGAUGAGGUGGAGUUUGGAAAAUCUCAAGCAGAAGAGGGAUUGGAAAAUUUACUUCAGUCUUGCGAACCAGUAGAGAAGUACCUUGACUCAACAGCACAAGCAGACGGCGAGCCAAGUGGUUUUGAUGACUCUGAGAAUGGAUCCAAAGAUUGUUAUGGACUAGAAGAAGAUCCUGUCCCGGACUCUGUACAUCAAUAUCUAGUACCAUUAAGUCUGAUAGAGAGAUGGGGAAACGCAAUGGACAUUGUGUACCCGGAUUCAAAGAGAUGUUGCUGUUUUACAAAGAGUUAUUACCGAUACGUGAAGGGCACUGGUUCCCUCUUGGCAACCGUCCAGCCGAAAAUCAAGGGGAAGGAAUCUUGUUUGAAAGAGCAACGGCUUAGAUACUUCACCCCGAGAGAGGUAGCUAACUUUCACUCGUUCCCUGAAGAUUUUGAGUUCCCCAAGCAGAUAAGCCUUAGGCAGAGGUACGCUGUUUCAUACCUUGAAGCACUUCUUGACAUUAUACGCAAUGCUUGGAAACAGUUUAAGUGUAGCAGUCGUGGCUCCUCUGCUUCGGUAUCUAUUGGGUUCUUCUCCCUCUUGACUGCGGACAGAUCCCGCUUCGAAGCUGAAGAAAAAACUGAGAAAAUGCCGACCAAUGGUAUUUUUGGUAAGCUCCAUGAAGAUGUGAGCAAGCCUAGCUUCUGGAAGUCUCUGCCUUUGGGAGAAAAUUGGAAAUCUAAAUCCAUGCUUUUUACUCUCAUGUUUCCUCUUCUAAUGCCAGUAUUGUUUGUUGUUGUGAACUGUUCUGAUUUUUUUGGGUUUAUGAAGAGGAUUAUCCCAGAAGAGUUUGUGAGAAGCACGCCUGGGGCUUUUGAGCACAGACUGGUGUUUAGUGUUCGUUGGGGCAAUUCCUGGCAACUCUGGCUCCAGCAAGACGAGAAAGAUCUGGUUAUGAAUGAAGAAGAUUGGGAUGAGUUUGUGGAUGACAACGUCUUAGGUCCGCAUGAUGUUUUGUUCUUCACGCACGAAGACGCGAUGGAUCUUAAAGUGCGAAUCUAUAAAAAAGAUUUGCAACUCAUGAAAGAGAUCACCUCAGCACCUCUUAAAGCUGAUCCCGAAGCUGAGAUGCUUAACCGUAAGCCCCAGAAUCCUCACCAGGAAGCUCCUGCCUCUGCCUCUGACUCUGCCUCUGCCUCUGCCUCUGCCUCUACCUCUGUUUCGGCGAAUAUUUCAGCAAAUGGAGCAAGACAGGGUUGUACUCCUGUCACAAACCCUGAGCGAUACCUCUUAGAUCCCAAAAAUCCUUACUUUGUGAAGACGCUGACGAAAAAGAUCGACGUUCUGUAUGUGAGCCGUCAGGUGAUUGACAAGUAUGACUUGAAGUUUGGUCCGCAUGGUUCCACCAUGUAUUACCUUGUUGGCAAAGAAAAACACGAGGCUGUCACAAAGAUCUACGGUCGUAGCCCUUGUUUCAAUGCCUGGGCGUCUGUAUGUCGGAAGUACAAUCUUAAAGAAGGAGACAGUGUGGUUUGCGAACUUGAACGCUCAGGAGGUGUGGUUACGGCUGUUAGAGUGCAUUUGGUCGAUGAAUGA